GUAUCAAUGAAUUUCAAUACAACUACUGAGAAUUACAUGCUACUAAAUCUAGUGCCACCAACCCCAACUAGUUGGUAUAAAGGUGUUUUCCGAGAUGUUGUUGCAAAAGGAGUUCAGAAUAUAAGUUUCGGGGAUUUUCUCAAAGAUUUAGGAAUAAACAUGUACAAAUUCAAAUUCCGCAUACCCCCCUAUUUUUCUCUAGUAAUUCGGAGCCUUGCUGUUUUGGAAGGGAUUGCAAUCAGCUACAACCCAAAUUACAAAGUUUUAGGUAGUACAUACCCUUGGAUCGCCAGGAAAGUGCUGACUGACAGCUCAUCUAAACUGAAAUCUACUCUACAAGCCCUUCUAUACAAGGAUGGUAAAUUCAGGAUAGAUCGUUUGGAGUCUCUCAUAUCAGAGUCCCUCCGUGCCAGGACAGAGAGAACCCUCAUUAUGGAGCAAAGUGAAAUCCAUGGAUCUAGGUUCUUUAUCAAGCAAGUUCUUGCUUUUGUAUUGGAUACAAAGGCUAUAUUCUUAAGAGAGUUACUUCUUGAUGAGCUUGCCAAGGGGUUGUAUGCACUUGGACUUGCAAGUUUUGAUUCAGUAACGACUGCUGUGUUAGCAAACCUACCCUUCUCUUCUUCCUAUUCAUUUUCUUCAAUGACAGAAGAAGACAGUGUUAAUCUUAGAAAUUUGCAGCGACUUGUACUAUUUCUACAAGGACUCGAUAAAGCACCCGGCAUGGUAAGAUGCAGAAAUAUUUACUAAAUAUAAUUAGCUGUCAUUUUCGCCAGAUUUCAGACUAAUAUUUGAAUUUUCUUGUAUAUCAGUAAAUAUAAGUCCCUUUUAUUGUACAUCAAAAGGGAGUUACAAUCCAUAAAAAAAGGUCAUGAAGUUGAAAGGUAGAAGAUGUAUUUCAAUUGACUACCUAGACGUGUUUUCAGUUUUUACCAUGAGUAAGCUCAAUUCGUUUUACUUUUUGUAUUAGCGAGUUGAAUUAAAUACGGAGUAUGAAAGUUUUAAGGAGACUAAAAAAGUUCCUUGUCGAACAACUAAUCAAAUCACAAAGUGAAAAUACGAGAUCCAUGCAAUUAAUUAGUUUAUUUUCUGAAAUCAUUGUUUUUAUAUUAGUGUUGCUUGUUAGUAGUCACCAGUUGAGGUUUCUUUAUGCCUAUGUCUUAUUGAAAGGCAUUUAUACGUUUUAUCUGCAUUAACUUCCACUAACCAAUUUAAGGUCCUAAUACGAUGCAUUUUGUCUUGAAGUCUUAUGCAACAUUGAAAUUUAGUGAUUCAUCAUGACUUAAUCUUAUAGAAGGUUUUUGGCUUCAACUUAUACUCUAACCAGGGGAAACCAUCAAAUGGAGCACCUUUUGCCUUUAGUCAGUUUAGAUCUGCUCAGGAACCGCUACGACUUCUUUCUGUCGUCUCUGAGCUCCCACAAGACAUGCAACAACAGCUGCUGUUGAGUUUACCAGCGGAUUUAGCAGGAAGGGUGGCUUCACGUGUUGUUGCGAGGGCAUUGCGUAGGAUCUUCCUGUGAAGGAUCAUAAUCCCCAUGUUUAUGUUAUUCUUCAUUGUGUGUAUCUACGACAAAUUUGUGGAUUGGCACCCCAGCCUCACUGCACUGUAAGUUGUAAACAAAAAAUCGACAAAACUAAGCCAAUAGAACUGUGUAAUUCAUGGAACUGCAAGAGUAAAUAGUGGAUGAUAUCAGAAUGGUUUGACACAUUUAACUUCAUUUGCUUAUUAAGUUUUGGUGGUAAAUGGAGCAAUGUAUCAAGAACCUGGAAAGAGUGAAACACACUACUCUCUCCGUUCCAGAAUAAGGUUCUUGUUCACUA